AUGGCACCACACACUGAACGACAAGAUCAGAAGAAAGAACACACGGGAACGCAGGAAUCACUCGGGCUCAUCAACUUUGGUGAGAACGACAUUUCCACGGUGACGUCGACUACCAUCUUUACGUUACAAGAGUUGACGUCCAUGACAGUGGAAACAUCAGAAACUGUGGAAACAACCGUUAUGUCUCCAACAGCAGAAACCACAGGUUCGUCAACACAAAACAGUUGCACAGCUACAUUUCAGUUUCUAUGCUGUUCGUCCUUAUUCCAAGCUCAUCGGCUGACUGAGAAGGACACAAUUUGCUCUGAUCACAAUGGCGACAAUAAAUUCUGUAUCGUCUUCAAUAAACUUGACAUCUGUCCAGAUGGAAGAGUACUUGACAAGACUAAGUUGGGAGAAGAUGAUGGAACUUUCGCCUUCUGUAGCCUUCCUAGCUGUGCUGAUCCUUCUGGGAGUUCCUGGCAACACUUUGAUCUUCUUCAUCUACUGGAGCUUCACAGGAAAAAGAGUAGAAACCACAUCAUCCCACACACUGAACGACAAGAUCAGAAGACAGAAGAAAAGGAAUCACACGUGCCCAUCAAGAACAGCAAGAAAGACAAUCCUACAGUAAAGUCGACUAUUGCAUCUACGUCACAAGUGAAAAAGAUUGCUUUGUCAACACAAGACAGUUGCAGACCUACUGUCAGUGUAAGACGUCCUGUAGAGAAGACAGCAAAGGUGUCAACAUGUAGUGACGUGGGCAAAAAGAUUCCGUCGAGAACAACGUUGAUGAUGUUCGUCCUCACGGUCACAGCCAUUGUCAACUACGUACCUCACGUCGUUAUAUUAAGCAUCACUGAUAACGGAUGGGGCUAUUGCCUGCAGAUGAAAGGAUGGGAGAUGAACUCGUGUAUGAUCGCUCUACUCUCUGUAAACAUCAACAGUAUCGUCAACCCCUUCAUCUACAGUUUCUGUAAUCCAUCCUUUCGUGUCAAGUGUCGUCAAUUUUUCUCUUCCGUUCGACAGCGGUUUAAAGUUUGAUGGACGUGUAUAAAACCUCAAACAGCAACUCUUGGAAAGUUACGUCCCUUGUAUAUGAAUAGAUAAUAUUAAGUUUGAAGUCUUCGAGCGUUUUCUUAAACCGUAUUUCAGAAAAGUAAAUAUUAGGUUGAAGAUUACUAAUGAAAAAUGAAUAGUAACAAACAUGUAUUUUCGUGAUGAUUAUAUAAAUAUACUAUUGAUUAUUGAUAAUCUUACAAUUAACGGUUGAUAGACUGCUAGCGUUCAGUGGCGAUAAUCAAAAGUAAAUGCUUAAUUAAGGAGAUUUUUUUGAUCAUAGUCAACAGAUGGAUAAGAUGUCCUUUUGAGAAGUUUUUUUAAAAUUGAAUAAAACGAACAAAUGAAUACAAUAAAACAACUUGUUUAUCUAUUUGCUAUCUUCUCAAGAGGAAGGGGAUUGAUGUUUAUGUUUUUAUAAAUAAAACGAACAUUAAAAAAACUGGUGCGUGAAAAAAAAUUGAAUUAAUGUAGAUUUAAACCUGAAAAAGCUAAAGUUAAAACUGUAGCGGGAGUUCUUGGUUGUGACAGGGUGUCUCUCACGUAGAAGAUUGUGCUCUGGACGAGCUGGGAGAAAUAGGAUUAAGCCUACUGUAGAAUUCUUAUCCUAGGGUUAGUAAGUAAUUUUUAUCUAGUUUUAGCGACACGACUAUAAGAUCCUUUGGUUACUGCUAACCCUAUACUAAUUAUUUCGGGAAAAAUAAUAUUUUUACAACCUCAUGACAGCAGUCGAUGGAAAGAUUAAGCCUUUUACAAGACGAAGUUCUUAAAAAAGAACAUUGCUUUUUGUAUGAAGCUCUUGCACCCAUGGCUUAUGAAAUGAACUUCGUCUUGGCAAUUUGAAAGCCAUGACCUACUACUCGCUUGAUACCACACAAGGAGAGAGGCAAAAGCUGCUUUCACGUGUAUCACAAAAUUUCUAUUUUUCCUCUUCACUCUUUGUCACUGACCAGUCUAUUGGGAACAGGGGGUUGUUGCCCCUGUCUUUUGUAUUUUUUAAAGAUUAUUGCCCUUACCUUACAUUUAUGAGUGUGUUGGUUGCGUCGUGGUUUUGCGUCAGAACCCGACGUCAUUUUAUGACGCAAUUGGAGAGAGACGCAAGAGGAAAAUUAUUUUGGAAGAAAGCAGACGGCUGUGAGCAGGGAAGAGAGGCGGUCAGAAAGUGUGUGUGGUAUUCGUUUCGGAUAUUGUGUGAGUCGAUCCCUGCGGAUGUAUGUGUGGUACCAGCUUUGGGUCAUGUGUUGACCCCCAAGAGUUUAUUUGUGGUGCCAGCCUUGGAUCAUGUGUUGACCCCCAAGAGUAUAUUUGUGGUGUCAGCUUUGGGGCAGAGAGGAUUUUAUGUAGACGUGGCAAUUGUGGAUGUGAGUAAGUAAGACUAUAAUGAAUUAUUCAAAAACAUAUGACAGUUCGUAAAAUAUUGAAAGGAACAUGUGUAUGUCGUAUUGGUGACAUGAAGAGAACGAUUGGAGCAGCCUGUGCGCUGUAGUAUUUCUGGAAUUGAAAGAUAUUUGACGUAUAUCUUAUAAUUUAGAAGCGAACUGAAAGACUCAGACAUUUCUAUAUCUUUAGUUAAUGUUGACUGUUAUAAAGUUUUUGUUGCCUACGACAAAUCUAAGUGUUUUGUGAGUGAAGGAAAGAACACGAAAGGGGACGCGUGCGUGAAGUGAAAGUGUGAGAUUAAAAAAAAA